UUCUGCCCGUCUCUCCACUCUGGCAGACCACUCGCACUGUAACGCGCUUCACGUAUACUGAAUAUAACGUCUCUCGACAUGCAACACAUCAUACUCUAUCCUAACUUUAUCAUCGACGCAUACGAGAAACCCCACGCGGAUCUCCUCGACUCUCAACCCCACGAAUUCCCGGCGAGAUGGAAUGAAAUGUAUGGGUCCUUGAAAAUCGCCCACCAUGCGAUUCUGCUCAUAGGAGGAACAUUCAUCGCGAUCGUCUUGGGCCUGUUGCAGUCGUCGAGCCUGGCCGCUGACUACGCGAUCACGUGUCUCGGCAUCAUUUGCGUUCUCGCUAGCCUGUUCAGCCUCGCGUACAACGAGGUCUACAGUAUCUUCAUGUCGCGCAUAUCCAAUCCUUGGCGGGGGCUAGCAUGGGUGCAGGCAUCGAAGGAUCUCCCGACCUCAUCGUGGAAGUCAGCUCCGAGGCUCCUGGCAGUCCCUGCAAUAUGGAUGCUAUGGGCUAGCAUCGCGCUGUUUGCAUUCAUCUUGGCCGAGGUGUGGGCAAGCUCCAACGACGUCUCUUCGGCGACGCCGUCCCCGCCGCUCCUCAAGAUCGUACUGUCAGUGCUCGUCACGCUCGAACUCGUCGCGGGUGUGGUGCAAGCAACCUACGUGAUAUCAGCCUUCGACAAGCUGUGUAAAGCGGCCAUACACACUCGCGGAGGCAUUGCCCAUCCUGAUGAGAUAGUGUGAGCAGCCCGGAUCCUGCUGUGUAUAAGUUGUAUACCCCCGUCCUGAAUGCUUGUUUCGUCAUUUCUCUUGUAUCUCUUUUACGCUCUCGUUGUCUCACAGCUCGCUGCUCUCAUUACGUUGUAUUGUUGUGCCAGUAAACCUCCUUGAACAAACUCGUUACGCUUCCUCUUGCAUCCCCAUUAUAUCCUAGAGUCUCGAACAGCAGCCCGGCAUACCCAAGUCAACACACGCAAAAAGAUAUCCUCUAGGGUUCUCGUCUGACCCGAGCUUAUGCCAUUGUACCUAUAACGCAGUGACGGCGGCAACAAGCAGUGAAAGG